GCUGCAGAAAUGGAAAUUUCUGCAAAUCUUCCUAGCAGUGAAGUUUGUUAUUUUUGUAAAGAACGAGUGUACUUACUACAGCGUCUCAGUGCUGAAGGACUCUUCUUUCAUCGUAGUUGUUUCAAGUGUGAAUAUUGCAGUGCCUCUCUCCGACUUGGAAAUUAUUCUUUCGACAGGGAUGCUAUAUGUGGAGGGAAAUUCUACUGUAUACCUCAUUUUCGCAUGCAAAAACCUGAAAACAGACAUAUGGAGAUAAUGAAAAGGAAACAAGAAUUCCUCACUCGUGCCUUUGAAGAAGAAAAAGAGAAAUUAUAUAAAACGUUAUUGGACAAUACAGAAAAAGCUCUGUCUCCUGGUAAACAAUUAACUGAUAAAGCAAGUGAAAGUGUUACUGAUUCCCCCAAAACACCUGAUGCUCAAAAGCAAGACAAUGUACAAAAGUCUACAAACUUACUAACAGAACCUUCUUCCACUUUUGGUUGUGAUCAAACACCAGAAAGAGUUGAGUAUGAAAACAGUAUCAUAGAAUUGUCUGAAGAGGAGCUUUUGACAAGUGAAUUAGAAGAGGAAGAAUUAACACAAAAGAAUUUAGGACCAUCUCAAGAUUUAGCUACCAGUGAAGAUGAAUAUUCUGAUUUAAGCACUGAUACAGAAUCUGAUGAAGAAGCAUUUGCUGAAGAAUUGGAAAGAUCUUUAACUGCAGAUGAAACCAGGAAAUUAGCUGAAACCUGGAACCGAAAAUAUUCAGCUGAGCAUUCUUUGAUUGAUACUGUAUCGUCUUCUGCUGAUGAUGAAGGAUCUGACACUGAAAUUGGUAGUGAGGAUACAAGUGAUGAUGUUGAUAGUAAUGCAGAAUACAGCCUUGACAGCAGUGAAGAAGAGUGUGAUCAAGCUGAAAAAGAGGAAGAAAAGCUAUUAUCAGUAGAUGCAAAGGAUGAGUUCACUGUACAAGUACCUGUAAUCGAUCUAAAGUCUAUAAACAGAAUUUCUGAAGAUGAAACAAGCUCUGAAUCUGAUAUUUCAGAAGAGGAAACUGAUGAAGAUGAGGAUUCAGAAGGAGAAUCAGAAUCUGGCACUGAAGUUGAUUCAGAAUCAGAACCUAAAGCACUUCUGCCUCCUCCACUUAUUCCUAAAAUAAUAAUCCACGAGUCUCCUCCUCAGGAUAUUGAUUUGGAUCAGGAAUGGGAGGUGGAGACUCCAUCUUUGCAGAAUGAUAACAGUGUUCAUGACACUCCCCUCUGUGAUGAUUCAGUUGUGAUUUUAAAUGACUCGACGCAGAACAAUCCCCUCUGUGAUGAUUCAGUUGUAAUUUUAAGUGACUCGGCGCAGAACAAUGAAUUGGAAUUAUCUGUUGAAAUUGUGGAGUCAGUUCCUAAACAUCCUGACACAAGCAUGGCUGUAGCUGAAAAUUAUGAUGCAUCAUCUUAUAAAGAUGCUGACGGUAAGUCCAAUCAAAAUGAUACAGCUAAGAACCUUGAUUACUCUCAAUUUAGGACAGAAGAGGAGAUUACUUGCCAAGUUAAAGAGAAAGUUAUAGCCCCUCUUGCCACUGAAGAAAGUUCAUCUGACUUGAGUGUAUCAUCUGGCAUUAAUUCUCUAGCAAAAGAAAUAGCAUCUGAUGUUUUAAAUGCUGCAAAAGAUUCUAUUUCAAAACAAAAGUCAAGUAUGCAUUUAUAUGGCUUAAAAAUUUUUGAACCAAGCAGUUGUGCAUUUUCAGACUCCACACAACACUCAGAGAAAACUUCUUUCAGUGACUCCUGGAUGAUACUUAGUUCAUCAACAUCUGAGGAAGCAAAAGUAAAAUUAAUAGAUCUUACUUCAUCUGAUCAGCCAAAUGAUAAAGUUGAAGUUCAUACUAUUAUAACACCUGUAAGUAAUAAUGUAGAAAUAAUUGACUUGUGUUCUCCUUCAGAUUUAAAUACAGAAGACAGAUUUACAGUUGUAUCACCAAGAGAUCAAACAAAUGAUUCUGAUCUAGUUAUCCAUAGCAAAGGAGAUGAUGAUCAUAACCACUCCGUCCCCAAUGAAGAUUAUAUCAGUUCAUCUCCUCUCGAUUCUAAUUUAUUGAAAGAGAAGGAUGUUGAGGAAAAAUUUGAUUUUCAAAUUGAGACUGAAGAUACUGAAGUCAUUGCUAAGAGCAUAUUUCUUGAUGACAGUAUGGAAGACAUUAAAGAAAUUUCCAUGUUUGAUGAAUAUCUUGAUAACUCUCCUGAAAAUGCAAAGUUUGAUUCUGCUAAUGUUACACUAAGAAAGAAACGAAGGUUUUCUUGUGAAGGUGAAGGCUUCAACUGGGAUAGUGACAAUAGUAUAUCAUUACCUCAUUGUUAUGGUGAAGAAGAAAGCUGUAUAUCUGUUGAUGAAAUUGAGAAGAAAAUGGAACAUACUACAGAUGGUGUUUAUCAUGCUGAUGUUGUUCAGGCAAUUCAAAUUGAGGGGACUGAAAAUAAUAACCAAGAAGCAAAAGUUACCAAAAGUGGCAAAGAAAUUAAAAAAUUGUCCUUUGAAAUAUGUAGUGAUAAAGCCUCUGAGUUUCAAAACACAAAAGACUAUCAACUUUGCAGUUCUUUAUCUCAAAGUUUGCCAAAUAGCUCAAGCUACUUAAAACAUGAUUCUACAUUUCAGACAUCCACACCAUACAAUUUUUACUCAUUUGAAGAUGCCAAACAUUCUGCACCUGUGCCAAAAAGAACUAUGACUCCUGAUCGACCUGAACUUUCUGCAGAAAUCAGAUAUGAGAAAUUUUCUGAACAUGAGUCUGUUAAAGAAAAUUUGAGUUUUUCAACUUCAGAAAUGAAUGUGAUUGAUUCAGAUGUUUCAGAGUUACAAAAUAAGCUGAAACAAGAAACACCUGAAAGCAUUAGUCCAAAGGCAGAUACCAAAUAUAAAGGUUACAGUGGUAGUUUUGCUGAAAAAGUAAGGCCCAAAAGUUUAUUUUGUGAUACUAUCUAUUUGCGAUCUUUGGACAUCAAUCUUCAAAAACAGCCAUUUUCUUCUCUCAAUAAAAGUAAUGACAAAUUGGAUGAAUGUAAUAAAACUGAAACUGCUGAUGGCAUCAGAAGGAAACUUUUUACUGAAAGUCCAUCUCUGAGUAAAAGUGAAGAUGAAUUAGAUGAAUAUAGAAUUGAAUAUGAAAACCAAAUCAAGCAGAAUCUCAUUAACAAGAAAAGCGAAUUAUCUUACCCCUCAGACAAAUAUUAUGCUAAAACUGAGAUUGAACAGAAUCGUCUAGUUUUAGAAACUUCAUCUGUAGCUGAUGAUAAAUUAUCUCCAUCACGUUUGAAAAGUAGUGCUGUAGCUACUGAAAACUCAAAUAAAUCAGUUGAUAUAGGUAUAAGCAAGUCAAAAAUUUCAAGUCACAAACAUUCAUCUGUUUCCUUUUCUGCUCCAGAAUCAUGCAAUGAUUUGGUUUCUCCCUAUACAUAUGCUCAAGCAAGACCUUUAUUCGAAAAUAAAUUUCCCACAAAAAUGAGACCAAAAUGUGAUAUGGACAUUAUUAAACUCAAACAGAAAAGAGAAAAAAGAAAAAGUGUGCAUGAAGAUAUUCAAGGUCUUCCUUUUGCAGAUGAAGAGAAACUUAUUUCUCCUGUAGAACCUCUAGAUGCCUGUGAUGUUUUUUUAACACCUAAAACAAGUAAUAGAAAAAUAUCAGACAGUAAUUCUUCUUCUGCACCGGCAUGGAAGACUCCUGAUUUAAUUGACGAAGAAAGGUAUCUUCGUUUGCAAAGUACAGUUGACCAGGAAAAGGCUCGCCAAGAAGCAAGAGCUCGAGCAAGAUUAAAAAGUGAUGAAGAAUUAGGAUUGAGUCCUAACAAUUACAGGAAAAAAUAUACACGUCAGUUAUCUUUAAAUUCCAUAAACUAUGAUGAACUUUGUAGUGAUGAGUUUUGUGAUCAAGAUGAUGAACUUGAAGAUGAAAUAAUUAGUAAUUUUUGCCAAACCAAGAGCUCUGGAAUUGAAGAAACAUUUAAUAUGUUUAAAAAAAAUAGCCUAUAUUUGAAAACAAAGAAUCCUGAACUAGCACUUGCAUCUAGUCAUCAACCUGCACAAUCAAAGGAAAAAAUUCUUCCAUCCAAUUGUGAUCGAGAGAUCCCUUCAAAUACCAAUAUUCCUCAGCCUGUAGAUAUGGCUGUUCCCAUCUGUUUAUUGGAUUCAGUUAUGAAGGAGGUGGUUGUCAGUAAAAAAUUAGGUGAUUAUGAGUCUGAAGGUAAUUUAAGUAAAAGUAAAGAGAUGCUGCAACCUUCUAAACAUUCCAACCAAAGUAGCUCAUCAGAAACUAGUCCAGAAAUUUUUACUUCUGAAGGAACUUUUGACUCAAAAAUUACCAACAAAGGAAAGAGUAAAGCAUCUCGUGCAGAAAGUUCUGGUGAUGAUGAUAAAUCCAAAUCCAAUGGUAAAAAAUCUAUAUUUUCAAUAUUAAAUUUUGGAAAAACUCAUGUAUCAAGAGAAAAAGUAAAACAGAAAUCUAAAGAUUCUGAGAAAGAUUUUUCUUCUGCUGCUGCAACUGAUAUUUGUAACCGAAUCAACUCAAAAUCUAAGCCGUUUUCUCAUUUGAAACUUGCCAAAUCUAAAGAAAAGAUUUCAAAGCCUAAAGCCAAGCCAGUGCCAGCAGAUUCUUCUUUUGUUUCACCUACAGAAAACUCACAAGAGGACACAUCAAAUGUUUCAUUUAAUGAGCAACAAGCUAAAAUCAUUCCUAAAUAUACUGUUUAUAGAAAUCCAGAAACUACAAUUUCUUCAUUUCCUGUUCAUUUACCUAUUCCAAAACUGGAAAAUGGACUAGCUCCCAAAGCAUCUGAAGAUAGCUUUAGUGAUGAAGAUGAAACUCAAGGUAGCAAAGCUGGUCACAUUCCAAAUACUGAAAAAAAUGAUAAGAAUUCCACUGAGAAGGACAAUAAAACCUUAAGGAUGGUACAAAAAGUCCAGCGACAACAGGUGCUAAAACGUCUACGUAGCGCUCAAGAAAUUCAGCGCAGACUCGAGGAGUUAGAAAUCAAACAGAAAGAAUUAGAACAACAGGGAGUAGAGGUUGAGAAGAUGUUUAGGAGAGAAGGACAUGGUAGUGACAGUAAAGAAGAAGCAGAAUUGAUGCAAAAAUGGUAUACACUUAUUCAUUCAAAAAAUAAGUUGACGAGAGAAGAACAAGAACUUGUUAUUAGGUUGAAAGAUUUGGAAUUAGAAGAUCGCCACAGUAAAUUGCAGCAGACUUUACGCGAAAGAUUGGCACAAAAUUCAGACAAGACUGAAGUACAAAUUAUGGAAGAAAGGAAAAUACUGGCCGAAAUGUUAGAAAUUGUUGAGAAGAGAGAUGAGCUUGUUGCAAUGCUGGAACAACUGCGGUUAAGGGAAGUAGAAGAAGAAAAAAAUGUAACUACUGAAGUGUUUUCUAAAGGAAUGAAGUCACCAUUAUCACCAGGGGAAAAAAGUUGAAGAAUUUGUUUUAUAAGCAUUAUUGUUUUGAAGACCAUCUAUUUGCAUGCAGUCUAACUUCAUUGAAAUAAGACAUCCUACGUAUUUUUUAACUCUUGGAUUUUUAUGUUUAGACUGUAAAAAUAUCUUGUCAGCUGAUAUUCGACUCAACAGCAACAAGCUGUACAAAGCACCACUUGACAGAACAAAAAAGCCUUUGGCUAUCCAUUCCUAUUAACUGUAGAAUGUGUAUUUUAUAGGCAUUGUCCUUGAGAAGUAAAUUAUGUGCACUUGUCAUAUUUAUAAAUAUAUUUUUAACAUGCCUUUGCUCUAAGUGGAUACCACAGUGCCGUAGAUUUUUUAGCUUGGUCGAUAUGCAUUUUAUAAGCAUGGCCUUUUCUGUAAAUAUUAUUUUAAUUACUAAGUUUUUUUUUUUUUUUUUAGUUAUUCAGGUAUAUGAAUCAAUAAGCUUUAAUGUUUUCAUACUCAUACCUAGCAAAAAAAUUUAAUGAUGCAUUAUAUUUCUGAGGUAAUGAAUAUAUGAUUAACUAUAAUAAAUUUAAGUGUGUAAUUUAUUCCUAAACUAAAUAUUUCAAAAAACUGUUUGGCAUUAUUUAAUAUUGCAAAUAAAUCAUACUGUCAUUUUUCCUGACACACUUUUGUACUUUUUUGAAAGCACUCAGGAUAGACUAUUUUUACUACAGUAAACAAUUUUGAGAUGUUUAUAUGUUUGUAUGCAGAAAGAACACUGUAGUAAUGUUCUAAAAUGCAUUGAUUAAAAUUUUCAAAAAGUCAAGGACUAAUAAAAUUUAACUGUUUUGGGGGUAUUUGACUGUCAGAGUAUAUUUAUCAACUUAUAAAUCCUAUCUGGGCAGCUCAUGAUAGAAUUUUUUCCAGUGUGUAUCAUAAUUGGUAAUGAAUGUUUUAUAUACCAUGGGAUUAUGUAAUAAGUGUAAGUAAUUUAGAGCUAAUUACAGAAAUCAUACUUUCAGUUAUCAUUAUGCAGACUACUUAAUAUUGCAUACAUAUUGCUUAUAUGUCAAAUGUCUGUAGAGUGUAUAAUUUAGAACAUUGCUAUCAUUAACUAUUAAUCAUAUACAGGCUUGAAUAUUACAUUAUAAAUCUCAAUUUUACUUUUAGAAGCUGAAUUAUCUCAGAUUAAGAUCAUUAUUGCAUAAUUCUCAUAUCACAAACUAGUUUUAUUUGUGUGUCAAGGGUAUUUUGGUGCUACACUGAAAAUUUCAGCUGAUCCUGUCUUGCGUGCAAUAUAACUUGAUAUUAAUUUUGAAAUGUAUUCAGUUUUUUCCCCUCCAUUACCUGUGUUGUUUUGAUGAGUUAUAAAUCAUACUAGCUUGAAAGUGCUUCCUUGGAUGUUCGUAGUUAAAUGAAUAGUUAAUGUGAGAUUUUAGACUUUUAAUUUGUUAUAAAAAAACCUUUUGUACAUGUGUUGAUAUUCAGUCAUAAAGUUAGGCAUUUGUUUCUAUUGCAUUAAAAAAAAAUUAGAAUGGUUUAUAAAUCGGAAUAAUUGUAUGAAUAAUAAGCAAAAAAUCUUAAAAUUUCUCACAAGUCUUAGUUAAUUGAAUAGUAAUUUUCAUGGAAGUGAUAUUAAAAAAUUUUGUUAUAGUAAGUUUUUUUUUUAUUAUUUUUUUUUUAUUAUUUUUUAUUUGUUUUCAUGUUUUAAAUGAAACGAAGGAAAAAAUAUGCAAUUUAGGUUUUGGUUCAAGUUUGCCCACCUUCCUUUAAUAAAAUUUCACUUGGUUGUAAACUUGGAAAGUAACUAACAGUUAUAAAUAGUAGCACUUAGCAAGAUCUUCAUUAUGUAAGAUUGCCAAAUUAGACAAAUGGAUUUAAUUGUCAAGAUAUAUUAAAGUAAUGUUAUUUUAGGAAAUAUAACAAGAAUUUCAUAAUUAUAAACUAGGAAAUCUUGAAACAAUUGUGUAAAAUUUUGCAAAAUAUGUAAGUCAAAAAAUUUGAUUGGUGGUUUAGAAAUUGAAAGCUGCCCAAAAUAAUUAUGUUUGGUAAGCAUUUUAAAAUUAUGCAACUCAAUUAAAUAUUAUAAUUUGUUAAACUUAUCUUAAAGCUGCACCAGUUAAAAAGAGCAUCAGGAUUUUGGAGGGAGGCUAGUUAUACAAAAUAUACAGAGCUAUCUGUCUUACACAGGGGGGAAACCAUGAAAGCAAUUAGCCUGUUUAUGAGAAUGUGAAUCAAACUGGGCCAACUACCAGUGCUCAGUACCAGGCCACCUACCAGUAUCAACUACAGUCUACAUGGACGUGUUAAAUUAAUAAUAUAGGGCUUUUGAAAUUAAAAAUUGCAUGAGAGUGUUAUUUUUUGGUAGUAAUAAUGAUGAAAGUAAUUCAUGUAAGGUGACAGGCUGAGUGUGACAGACAGAGUAAAGUGAAUAAAAUAUGUUCUCUGAAUUCCUGUCUCAGGACAUGAAAUUCAAUAUUUGGAUGAAAAAAUAUAAUGCAUUAUUUUAACUGAUUCCUUUUAAAAACACGCAAAAUGGUAAAUAACUAAAUUGUUUUUUAGAAAAAGUAAUUCUAAAGUAUUCCUAAGUUUAACUGGUGAAUAGCAAAGUUGCUUACAAGUUAUAAAUCAUAUCCUUUUUCAUCUACUGAGAAGUAGGUAAUCUUGAAAUAAUAGAACAUUCGGUUUUUAAUGGAUUCUUUGUAUAUUUUGAUCCAAGUAAGCAAAAUCACAAACCCAGUCAUUGGCAUAUGGUAUUUUCCAUAAUAGAUUAGCCUUGCUGUGGUCUGCAUACAAAUGCUCUGAAAAUGUAACAUCGCAAUAUUAGUAGUGUAUUAGCUAAAAUCCGUAACUAAUUAGCCCGAAAGACUAACAUUUCUGAAGCAGCUUAAGAAUAGUUUAUAACUAUCUUCUGUUUUCACAGCGACUCAUGGUUAUUAAUUUACUUCUUUGUGUUUAGUUUUGAAUUGAACAAUGCAUCUCAUUUCCUGCUGUAUUUUGAUUAAAAAUGUAUAUUUAUGACAUUUUGUUUUAUGGUUGUAGUAAAUUAUAUUUUCAGUUUUGCUUUUUAUUACAUUUUUUAAUUUUGUUCUGUAACUUUAAAAAAAAAAAAUUCAUCAUGUCUUUAUGAUAAAAAAACUGUUUAAAAGUAAUUUAAUACUUUAUUCUUGUUGUGUUGAAAACUUAAAUGCUCAUCUAUAUUUUUAGUGUAGUUAUUCUUUAAGGUUUCUGCACUUCUUUAAAUAUGCAAGAGAAAAUGAAGCCUUGGAGUUUGUGAUAUGUAUAUCCUUGUAUCAUAAUGUAUUUGUAUGAAAAAUGUGUAGCUAAAAACAAGCCAUCUUGCUUCCAUGCCAUUUUUUAACUUAUAGAUGAUUAUUUCCAUACAUUGUAAUAUUCCUUGUGGAAUUAAGCUUUUCUGUUGUAGUUAUUUAUCUUGGCUGAAAAUGCUCGAGAUGUGUGAUAUUGAAGAAAUUAAAAUAUCUUUUAAUUAAUA